AUGAGCAAAAGUGAUGGUGGGGGCAGUAAUUUGCAUCAAGAUCCUUUACCACACUACAAGUUUGUCAGGAUUCUUGGUAUUGGAUCGUUUGGUAAAGUGAAAUUAGCAGUUCAUACCUUGACAGGGCUUAAUGUUGCGAUAAAGAUUCUUGAUCGCAAAUCAAUCAAUAAUUUGGAUGCAGACAAAGUGAGAAGAGAAAUCAAUAUAAUGAAACGACUUUCACAUCCCCACAUAGUUCGCCUAUUUGAGGUCAUAGAUACACCAUCAGAAGUUUAUGUAGUCAUGGAACACAUGGAUUUAGGCGAACUAUAUGAUUAUGUCACAUUACGUGUUCGACUCGAUGAGGAUAAGGCCCGCCACUUUUUUCAACAGAUUAUUUCAGGCGUUGAAUAUUGUCAUCGACACAAGGUGGUGCAUCGUGAUCUCAAGCCAGAAAAUUUACUCUUGGAUUCUAAACAUAAUGUGAAAAUCGCCGACUUCGGUCUUGGGAACAUUACACUUGAUGGGCAUUUCCUUAAGACAUUUUGUGGAACUCCAAAUUAUGCUGCUCCUGAGCUCAUGUGCAAAAAAUUAUACGCUGGUCCUGAGGUAGAUGUAUGGAGUUGUGGCAUUAUCUUAUAUGCACUUCUGUGUGGAAGGCUUCCUUUUGAGGAUGCAAACAUGUCUUGCUUAUUUGCCAAAGUACAGAAAGGAGUAUACCCUGUUUCACCUCACUUGUCAAAGAGCGCACAUGACUUGAUUUCAAGAAUACUUGUUGUUGAUCCAAUGAAACGCAUAUCAAUUCCUGAAAUACGUCAACAUCCAUGGUUUCGGGAAAAUCUUCCUCUAUAUAUUGCUAGUCCAUCACCAGAUGCUUUAAGCAGAACAGAAAAGGUUGAUAUGGAGGUUUUGCAAGAAAUGAUUAAGAUGGGAUUCGACAUCCGUGAAGUCAUUGGAUGUCUUCAUAAUAAUUUGCAAAAUGAGGCUACUGUUACAUACCGCAUGUUACAGCAUACCCGUUCUCCAGUCCCUGUACAUUGCCAUCACGAGAUUCUAGAAUCUCUAGGAUGCGUGGAUCAUCUUCAGACGUAUUUACAGACAGCUUCUCCCGUCGAAAGUAAUUGGAAACUUGGAUUUAAGUCUCGAGCAUCUCCACGUGAAACCAUGAUGUGCAUUCUAAUGGUUUUCCAGAAUUUAAACGUGAGAUGGAAGGAAAUAGGACACUAUAACAUGAAAUGUAUGUGGUUACCUCCACUUUCAAUGCACUCAAGAUCUACCACUGGGCCGGAUUGCAGAUCAGGUGACACUGUCAAGUUUGAAAUUCAACUUUAUAAAGCCGGCGCAACGAUAUAUGUUCUAGACUUGCAACAACUGAGUGGACCUCCAUUUUUGUUCCUUGAAGUCUGCUAUGCAUUUCAUGCUAUGGUAACAUGA